AUGUCAAAGACUUCCUUGAUGUCGGACGUUUCUUACCAGCAGCCUGCUCCGGGCCGGUCUUUGGCCACGACGGUCAUGAGCACGGUCAGGCGCAUAACGGAUGAUUUGGAGAAACCAGACCUUGACAACCGGUCGUACCGAGUCAUCGAGCUUCCUAAUAAGCUCGAAGCCUUGCUUGUUCAUGAUGAGCAGACGGACAAAGCCAGCGCAAGUCUCAACGUCAAUGUGGGAAAUUUCUCCGAUGAAGAGGAUAUGCCAGGGAUGGCUCAUGCCGUCGAGCAUCUGCUUUUCAUGGGAACGGAAAAAUAUCCGAUAGAAAACGAAUACAGCUCCUACCUGUCCUCAAACUCCGGCCACUCGAACGCUUACACUGCCGCGACUCAAACAAACUACUUUUUCGAGUGCGCCGCAUCGCACGAGUUGAAUGACAACAUGCCUAAUGGUGUGGCGAAUGGGACCACUGAAGGCUCCGUAGAUGGUGCGUCGCGAGGUCCUCUGUAUGGGGCUUUGGAUCGAUUUGCACAAUUUUUUGUCAAACCUCUCUUUCUGGAGAAUACAUUGGACAGGGAGCUAAGAGCCGUGGACUCGGAGAACAAGAAGAACCUUCAGAGCGACGCAUGGCGGUUAUCUCAACUCGCCAAAUCGCUGUCGAACCCGCGCCAUCCGUAUCACCAUUUCUCCACUGGAAAUCUGCAGACAUUGCGGGAUGACCCCGAGAAAAGAGGCAUCAAAAUCCGUGACGAAUUCAUUCAUUUCUAUGAGCGACAUUAUUCGGCCAAUCGAAUGAAAUUGGUUGUUCUGGGUCGUGAGUCGUUGGACGAGUUGGAAAAAUGGGUGGUUGAACUCUUCUCUGAAGUCAAGAAUCAAGAGCUCCCACAAAACCGCUGGGAUGGCAUCGAAAUGCUGACAAAGGAUCAAUUGUCGACGGAGAUUCAUGCGAAACCUGUCAUGGAGUCGAGGUCUCUGGAAAUCAGCUUUCCAUGGCAAGACGAAGAGGAAAUGUAUGAGACCCAGCCGGCCAGAUACAUCAGUCACUUGAUUGGCCACGAGGGACCGGGCAGUAUUCUGGCAUAUCUCAAGGAAAGAGGCCUGGGUCAGACUUUAUCCGCGGGGUAUCACCCUGUCUGCCCCGGCUCCGCCUUUUUUGAGAUUGAGAUUGGAUUGACCCCUCUCGGUCUCAAGAACUACUACGAGAUUUUGAAGAUCGUUUUCCAAUACAUUGGAAUGAUGAAGGCAAAUCCGCCUGUGGAGUGGAUGCAUCAAGAAAUGAGGAACAUGGCCGAGGUCGACUUCAGAUUCCGUCAAAAGACCCCUGCAAGUCGAUUUACCAGCGCCACGAGCAGCGUGAUGCAGAAGAAUUUGCCUCGCCACUGGCUACUCAGCAGCACAAGCAAGUUCAGGAAAUUCGACGCGAAAGCCAUUGUACAAGCUAUGCAAUAUCUCCGAGAGGACAAUUUCCGGCUAAUGCUUGUCUCUCAAGAAUUUCCCGGCGAAUGGGACCAAAAGGAGAAGUGGUAUGGAACGGAAUAUCGGGUUGAGAAAAUCCCUACAGGUGUUCUGUCCGAGGUUCGACAGGCCUUGUCUGCUUCUACCCAUGAUACGAUCAAGGAACUCCAUCUGCCUCACAAAAACGAGUUCAUUCCCACGAAAUUGGACGUGGAGAAGGCAGACGUCAAGGAGCCUGCAAAGACGCCCAAACUACUCCGAAAUGACGACGUAAUCCGUUUGUGGUGGAAGAAGGAUGAUACCUUUUGGGUUCCCAAAGCCAAUCUCAACAUCAAGCUCCGAAACCCGAUCACCUACGCCAAUCCUGCCAACUAUGUCAAAACUUGCCUGUUUGUCAGUUUGGUCAAGGACGCUUUGUCGAGCUAUUCCUAUGACGCGGAAAUUUCAGGCCUUUCCUAUGCCAUCGGGGCAAAUAUGUCAGGGCUAGACAUUAGCGUACACGGGUACAAUGACAAGAUGGCGGUCUUGUUGGAAAAGAUCUUGGUCACGAUCCGCAAGAUCGACAUUAGAACUGAUCGGUUCGACGUCAUCAAAGAGCGCAUGGCCAGGAAAUACAAGAAUUGGGCUUACCAGCAACCCUAUUAUCAGAUCGGAGACUACACCAGAUGGCUCUUGAACGAGGGAUCGUGGAUGAACGACGUCUAUGCUGCGGAGCUUCCCCACGUCACAGUCAACGAUGUCAUAACAUUCGGCCCCCAGUUCCUGCAACAAGCGCAUAUUGAAGUUCUGGCCCACGGCAACUUGUACAGAGAAGAUGCGAAGAAGGUCGCCAAUUUGAUCGAAUCAACAUUGAAACCACGUGCCCUGCCCGUGUCGCAAUGGCAACUGAGGAGGAAUGUCAUUAUCCCGCAAGGAAGUAACUUUGUGUACAAGCACACAUUGAGCGACCCGGCCAACAUUAAUCACGCUAUCGAGUAUUAUUUGGAUGUUGGACACGUGAUGGAUGUUCCUCUUCGAGCGAGAUUGCAAUUAUUUGCUCAAAUGACCGACGAACCAGCCUUUGACCAACUCCGAACCAAAGAACAGCUAGGUUAUGUGGUUUGGAGUGGUGUCCGGCCUGCAGCUGUCACUAUGGGGUAUAGAAUACUCAUACAAAGCGAGCGAGAUCCCGGUUACCUCGAGACCCGAAUCAAUGCAUUCUUGUUCAAAUUCAAGAAGGCUCUGGACUCAAUGUCUGAAAACGAUUUUGAAGGACACAAGCGAAGUCUUGUCAAUAAGAGAUUGGAGAAGCUGAAGAACCUCGACUUGGAGACCAAUCGUCUUUGGUCGUAUAUCAGCGGCGAAUAUCUCAAUUUCUAUCAAGUUGAUCGAGAUGUCGCAAUGAUUCGACCGCUGACGAAGGACGAUAUGAAGCAAUUCUAUGCGCAGUAUAUUGAUCCGGAGUCACCAACGCGAGCCAAGCUUUCAGUCCAUCUCGAAGCGCAAGCUACGGCCGCUGUGCCCGAAGUUUCCCCGGCGGAGCAAAAGGACCAACUUGUUGGGCUCCUUGGGCAAGUUCUCGGAUCUUUGGAUGUUGACGUCGAAGACGCUCGAUUGAAGAGUCAAUUUGAAAACGUGGAGAUCACCGACCAGCAGAGCAUUGUUGGAGCAAUCAAAGACUACAUUGGCACAUCAAUUCCCUCGGCGAAGACAGACCAAAUCCUGGGACAAAUAAAGGAAGCGAUAACCCAGAUCCAGAUGGCCUUGAAGAUCAAGGCGGUGACGCCUCCGGCGAAUACGGUGGAGAUGGCAGCCCAGAUUCGGCCCCCCGUUGUCAUCAAGGACGCAUAUCAGUGGAGAGCCGGUUUGCAGGUCAGCAAAGCACCUGUUGCUGUUGAAGACCUGCGUGAUUUCGAAGAUCUUGAAUCUAAAUUGUGA